CUGAAGCCUUCGUACUUGACGAUACUACCACUUUGUUGAAGUCUCGAGGGACGCGUUGUUUUGCCAGAUUUUAGCAAAGAUUUAGGGUAAUUUUCGCUAUAUUUUUGUAAUUGAAUUCUUAAAUUUGUUUAUAUCGACAGAGAAAGCAGAAAAAAGAAGAUGUCAAGGAAAGUGGUAAACGCGCCUCGGUUGCAAGGAUUGAGUCGAUUGCGCGUGCGUCCAAAAAAAGAAAGACAAGCCAUUCCUUGUAGUCAAGAAAUGGCAGCGCUUUUGGGUUGCUGGCAAAACAACAGUGGUAAUACGAAUUCUUCACAAUGUCUAAAAGUGGCUGCCUCUUUAGAGAACUGUAUGAAGAGUCAGCAUGGUAAACAAAAGUCAGAAAACACCAUCAACUAUCACUUGGCUCGAUUAGGAAAGCUCCUUUGAUAAUUUCUUUCUCUGUUAAUUUCUUUACAUAUUCCUUCUUUAACGAUAUGUUCCACAAAAUAAAGCGCUGCUUUUUGACGCAGUAAACUCUGUUUGUUCUAGCAAGCACUUAAAAGACGCUACUUGCCUAUUCUGUUUUUGCAAAACAUACACUAUGGUGAAAGGUGUGAGAAAUCCCCUCUCUUUUAUAUAUGCAUUUGAUUCUUAUUCAGUUUCCUAGUAUCUUCAAGCAUUAACUUUUUAUUUCUUUUCUUGUCUUGUGAAAAUGUUUCUAUCGCCA